UGUGACAUACGUGGCUGUGAACAAAAUGGCUGCGCCCAUGGUGUUUGUCAACAUUGUUGUCAACGGAUUGUCUUGCCUUAGGCAUGCGGAAAACAUUAGUAAAUAACAAUUUACUUUGCAGAAGUCCUAGACACAUGUUUCAACAAAUUACUCAGCAAUGAACUUGCCACUUGUAAGAAGAAAGUACAGAAUUUUAUCACUGAUUGCAGUGGCUGGGAUAAUAUAUCUGUGCUUCCAAAUAUUCUCAAUGAAAGUGCUCAAUUUUUCUAGUAAACAUGACUUGAGACAGUUAUCAAAACAACAAAAUGGUAAAGUAUUAGAUGAUUUUCACCCAAAGUCAGAUCUGAAAUAUGUGAAAGAUAUUCCCGUUGCCAAAGGUAAAAAAGUGCCUAUAGAUAGUGUUGUUAAAACAGUUGAUAAACAGAAAUCUAUAAAUGAUUUCACAAAAUUAGUUAGAGGUAUUCACUUGACACAUGUGGAGGAUUAUAAACCAAAUUCUGAAGGAAAAUUUCAGUGUCUUGAUUCAAAGAAAAUGAUACCUUUUUCCUCUGUUAAUGAUGAUUAUUGUGACUGUGAUGAUAGCAGUGAUGAACCAGGUACCUCAGCUUGUCCUCAAUCUAGAUUUUAUUGCACGUUUCAAAACCCUGAUAUAGAAGCGCAAUAUAUACUGGGGUCAAGGGUCAAUGAUGGCGUGUGUGACUGUUGUGAUGGAAGUGAUGAAUGGACUGGAAUAUCUGUAUUUUCUGGCGUUCAUUUAACAGAUAAAAGAAUGGCAGGAAGUUUACAGCAUGCGCCGUGUAAAGAUGACUGUCAGGCUAUUCUCAAGGUCAAUGAAGAAGAUGCCAGAAUACGAGAACUGGGAAAAAGAUUAAAACAAACUUAUUUAGAGAAAGGGCGUAGAAUCUCUAAACCAGAGCAAUAUGGACCGAAUGGUGUGUUCUAUAAAUUGUCAACAGAGUGCUUUGAGUAUGAUGCUCAUGAAUACAAGUACAAGUUAUGUCCCUUUAAGUCGGUCAGUCAACAGGCAUUUCCAUCAGCACCAAUAGAUCUGGGAAAGAGCCCUAUAUGGAAAAUUAAACUACCAGGACAUUUUGUUUUGAAGAUGGACAAAGGUGACUCAUCAAGAUGCCCUAUGGGUAAACACAGAAAUACUGUGGUGACAUUUAUAUGUGGUCUAACAGACAAGAUUGUGAAAGUUUCUGAAGAAGAAAAGUGCUCAUACUCCAUGAAAUUUUCAACACCUGCAGCUUGUUGAUGAAGGUUAUGUUUUAGGAACGAUAAAUGAGCCGUGUCACGAUAAAACCAACAUAAUGGGUUUGCGACCAGCAUGGAUCCAGACCAGUCUGAUCAGGAUUCAUGCUGUUCGCUUUCAAACUCUAUAACAAGUAGAGAAACUGAUAGCGAACAGCAUGGAUCCUGAUCAGACUGCGCGGAUGCGCAGGCUGGUCUGGAUCCAUGCUGGUCGCAAACCCAAUAUGUUGGUUUUGUCAUGACGCGGCUUAAAUGUGUUUUAAGAGUAUACAUUCAGUUUAAGUUUUUGAAGAAAAAAACAAGCUAUUAUCAUCCCAUAUUUUGUUAUAAAGUUUAAUCAGAAAGCAGCAGAAAUCCUAAAAAAAAACUGACUUGCAUAAGUAUUUGUUAAAAGAAAUUUGUGAAGUUUGCUGAAAUUUUUUUAACCACCCAUUCAUCAUUGGAGCGCCUUAAUGGCGAGAAGAUUUAGAAAACAUCAAAGAAGUGACUGUAACUAGGAAAACAGGGGUCGUUUCAAACAGCAAGUGCUGAUAAUGAACUGCCAGUGCUGCCAGUAUAAAGUCAAACAAAGGGAGCAAACAUAUUAUUGAGUUGCAGUGUUACUUUUAAACACUACCAAAGAUUUAGGACGUUUUCAUUGUUCAUUAUGUAUCGUUUAGUACUGGACUUUAACCUGCAAAGAUAAGUAGUAUCAUUGUGCUUAAAAGUUGCUACAUUCCAACCUCUUGGAUAUAGAGACUGUUGGCUAGACUUCGUUUCUAAAUAGGACAUCAUCAGGACAGUACAGGAAGCACACAUACAUCAUUUCAUUAUGGAAAAAUGAACAACAUUUAGCUGGUUCUCUAGACACCAGAAUCUGAUAAACUUCCCAGGUUCAUGUCGUAACAGCAAAAGCGAAGAAUGUUAGUGUAUAUACACAUUUUUAUCACAUGGUUUACUAUAGGCAGUCAAAUAACUUUAUUUCCUAUCAAAUAGGACUUCCAGUAUUAUACUGUUUCUUUCAUAACUUAACUUUUAUGUUUAUUGAUAUGAUAUAUAUUUAUUUUUAACACACAUCAGUGCCGAUUUUGCGACUCCGUAAAUAUGGUAUUGCACGGCCGUGCAUAUAUUUUGACGUGAUGUCAUUAGUGUUAUACAAACAUAGUGUAAAGAAGUGCUAAAUGUUAGCGUUAUACUAUAGGCGCGUCAAUUAAAAAUAACUCUUAUCUCACUUUAAAUGGUCUUUAUUUUGAUUAUGUGAUAAAUAGAAUAUUAAAUUCGUGUAAGUUCAUUACUUAAUUUAUUGCACUCGUUGAAUAUAAUAAUAUUAUGCUUGCCUCAGGCUCGCAUAAUAUAAUUUUAUUCAACUCAUGCAAUAAAUUUAGUAAUGAACUUACACUCAUUCAAUAUAUUAUGUAGAGUGUGAUGUGAUGUGAGACGCGGCUUUUCGACUUGUCUGAUAAUUGUACAAAGGUGUGUGAUUAAUACUUGUAAUAGAUAUCCAGACUAUGUUAACACUGGCGAUUCUUCUAACUUGCUGGUUUUGUUGAUACUGGCGAUUCUUCUUACUUGAUGGUUGUGUUAAUACUGGCGAUUCUUCUUACUUGUAAUGAUUGUGUUAAUACUGGCGAUUCUUCUUACUUGCUGGUUGUGUUUAUACUGGCGAUUCUUCUUACUUGAUGAUUGUGUUUAUACUGGCGAUUCUUCUUACUUGAUGAUUGUGUUAAUACUGGCGAUUCUUCUAACUCGUUGAUUGUGUUGAUACUGGCGAUUCUUCUUACUUGAUGAUUGUGUUAAUACUGCAGAUUCUUCUAAUUUUCUGGCUAUGUUUAUACUGGUGAUUCUUCUUACUUGCUGAUUGUGUUUAUACUGGCGAUUCUUCUCACUUGCUUGCUAUGUUAAUACUGGCAAUUCUUCUUACUUGCUUGCUAUGUUAAUACUGGCGAUUAUGCUUAUUGCUAGCUGUGUGUUCAUACUGCCGAUUCUUCUAACUUUCUGGCUAUGUUUAUACUGGUAAUUCUUCUUACUUGCUUGUAAUGUUAAUACUGGCGAUUCUUCUUAUUGCUGGCUGUGUGUUUAUACUGUCGAUUCUUCUAACUUUCUAGCUAUGUUUAUACUGGCGAUUCUUCUUACUUGCUGGCUGUGUGUUUAUACUGUCGAUUCUUCUAACUUUCUAGCUAUGUUUAUACUGGCGAUUCUUCUUAUUGCUGGCUGUGUGUUUAUACUGUCGAUUCUUCUAACUUUCUAGCUAUGUUAAUACUGGCGAUUCUUCUUAUUGCUGGCUGUGUGUUUAUACUGUCAAUUCUUCUAACUUUCUAGCUAUGUUUAUACUGGCGAUUCUUCUUACUUGCUGGUUGUUUUUAUACUGGUGAUCCUUCUUACUUUAUGGCUGUGCUUAUACUGGCGAUUCUUCUUACUUGUUUGCUAUGUUAAUACUGGCGAUUCUUCUUACUUGCUGGUUGUGUUAAUACUGGAGAUUCUUCUAAUUUACUGGCUAUGUUUAUACUGGCAAUUCUUCUGAAUUGGUGGUUGUGUUUAUAAAGACAAUUCUUCUUACUUCUGAUUUUAACAGAUUCCGUUAUAUAACUCUACGAAAUGUUAAAAAUUUAAUCAAGAUAUAAAUGAUAUUUGUUGUUGAAUUGUUUUUGUUUAAUAAAAAAAUGUAAAAUUAUUAAAGAAAUAAUGAAUAUGAACAUACA